GCUAUUCGCCGUCGUUCGAUUGAUGGUAAAAACCGCUGGUGAUCAGGAGUGCUACGAGCUGCGAGCUGUGUAAAAAGUGUGUGCCAUUAUUUUGUACGUUAACUAUCGCCUCUUCUUACCAAAAGAAGGUUGUCUCAUUUUAAGCUAGUGAAAACCAGGAAAGCUAAUCGCGAACAACACUCAAAAUGUCUACCGUCGACAAGGAAGAACUAGUUCAGAAGGCAAAAUUAGCCGAACAGUCGGAACGAUAUGAUGAUAUGGCACAGGCAAUGAAAUCAGUAACAGAAACCGGCGUGGAACUGUCAAACGAAGAAAGGAACCUGCUGUCCGUCGCCUACAAGAACGUUGUCGGUGCGCGAAGAUCGUCCUGGCGGGUGAUAUCGUCGAUCGAACAGAAAACCGAAUCCUCUGCCCGCAAACAGCAACUGGCACGAGAGUACCGAGAACGGGUUGAGAAGGAACUGAGGGAAAUCUGCUACGAAGUGCUGGGUCUCCUUGACAAUUUCCUUAUUCCCAAAGCCAGUAAUCCAGAGAGUAAAGUGUUUUACCUCAAAAUGAAAGGCGACUACUAUAGAUACCUAGCUGAAGUAGCUACGGGCGAAACCCGCCACACCGUGGUGGAGGAUUCGCAAAAAUCGUAUCAGGAAGCGUUCGAUAUUGCAAAGUCCAAAAUGCAACCGACGCACCCGAUUCGGUUAGGCCUUGCGCUGAACUUUUCGGUUUUUUACUAUGAAAUCAUUAACUCGCCGGCACGGGCUUGCCACCUGGCAAAGCAGGCGUUCGAUGACGCGAUUGCCGAGCUGGACACGCUGAACGAGGAUUCCUAUAAAGACUCGACACUCAUCAUGCAGCUGCUGCGGGACAACCUAACGCUCUGGACGUCCGACACCCAGGGCGACGGCGACGAGCCACAGGAAGGUGGCGAUAAUUAACCAAACUAAAAUUAAAGCGAAACAAAAUACACACAACACACAAACCAGCAACAACAACAACAACACAACGCAACACACACUUGAACUACAAUAGAAAUUCCGUUUUGAGACUAUUGAUAAAAAAGGAGAACAAACACAAAAGAAGUCGCGAAGGAGACGCGCAGGUAGCAAAGCGCGCGCGCAAGAGCGAGAGGAUGGUUGCGAUGAGAUUAGCUUCCGCCAAGAAGUAGCUCUAAAAACACACACAAAACACGCAGCAGAUCAUCGUCGCCGCCGUAGCAGCAGUCAGCAGCCAGCAGCAUCAGCCUGCCGCCGCCGUCGCAGCAGCAAAAAGCAAGCAAGAAAGGGUCAGAGGUUGCGGCUACUCUAUAGGAGCUGCGCCAUCGUCUUGGAUGAUGGAACAGAGAAAUAAAUGCAUCCGCGAGCGAUCUCUAUUCCCCAUUUCGAAACGAUCGUACGCUCGCGCCAGUCGCGUGCCGAGCAUAACGGAAAGAGAGAGCAAGCAGAUGUUAAGGAAGGCACUCAUAAUGAGAGGAUCAGGUGGAAACGGAUAAGAAUUUAUUGCUGGUUGUCGGGGGAUGGACGAUGUGUAAAGGGCGCUCGACUUGUGCCGGUGCAGCAGAGAAGCGCGCACAACGUUGUUGUCGACGGUGGCGCAGUAACAUAGAGAGAGAGAAAGAGCUGUGAGGCGCCAAGCAAAAGGAAUAAAAGAUCGGUUCAAGAAGAAAACAACAGAAGCACACGAACCUGUCGCACUGUCCUGUGUGUGUGUGUGUGUGUUGAAGGAAGUGAAAACAUCAAACCACACGCGCGCCACAAAAAGCAAGAGACGAGAAAGAAAGCUUUACGUGUUGGUUUCAUUGGCGUACGCGCGCGUUGAGGAGCAAAAGCUCGCUCGCUCUCUCUGGACGAUACAGGAAGACACAACCAACCAACAAAGAUUGGUGGUCACACGGAACAAUAUGCUGUGGAAAACUUGAAACACACACACACGCGCGCGCGAGUGCGCGACCUACGACAAGGAACAAGCCGGCAUUUGAGGCAGGUUAAACAGGUUCCGUGACGAUGGAAGAUCGGAUAAGCAGUAGGAGCCUAGCGCUGCUGAUGAUGAUGAUGAUGAUGAGGAGGAGGUGGCAAACAGACAAAUUCAACAAAAGUACAUGUUUAUAUGUAUGUUCUCUAUUGCUAUAAUCCCUGUCGUCCCUCUCGCCCCUUGAGAUUCCUCUCUGUGGCACUAUCUCUCCUAUCCGGCCCCGCCCGAGAUAGGGUUCCGGCCGCCAUUGUUUAAAUGUGGCGUUGUGUCCCGCACUGUGGUUUUCUAGCCCCCCCCUUUUCUCUCCACCAGCUGCACCACCAAAAAGCGGAAGCGGAGUGUCACUUUUUGGGCACCACCGGAUAUGAAUGACCCACGAGUUUUGUCUCUCUCUCGUGUUGGGUGUGUGGUAAUCAUAACAUUCUCUCCACUCUUCCGCCGGAUGGGCACCGGAGGGCGCCGGAAUUGAAAGAAAAUUGAGCAAAACAAGUGUGAGGUCAAUCGUUCUGAACGUAGGAGUUACUUACCGGAACCCCCUGUCUGGGGGAGAUGCUUGCCGCGACCCCGUGUGCCUGAUCUGCGUGUGGAGAAGAGAGAUUGUUGUGAGACCGUUGUUGUUAAGCCCCCCCUCCCUAUACACACACACACAAAAGCACACUCUUAUCAUCGCCGUAGGGAAACCGCCGGGACCCGUUUUUGUGACAGCGGUCAGUUCCGCGUUCGGAUAAUUCGUAACGAGAACACACAAUUUCUCUAAUUGUCUACACCCAGGUUGUACUUUCCGUCGAAAUGUGCCCCCAAUCUCACACACACACACGGCCAAAACGCACUCUACCGUUUUUCCCAGCCCCACCCGCAUUUUGGGACCUUUUUGGACCUUGGGGCAAGGUCCCCAGUGUGAUGUUUAGUGAAGUUGUGUGCCACCCCAUCACCAGACACUCUCCACGUGGUAGCUAAAGACAGAAAUCCACGAGCAAAAUUUGGCCGCGCGGUGCGCUACAACCGUAGGUGAGCUGUUGGAGUGGCCACAACAAUAUCCCUCCCCCCCGGAUUCGCGUCGCGGGUGCACAAAAGUCGAAGCGACAAACAAGGAUUUUCGAUCUUUUACUGCCGGAUGGCGCCGCUAGCGAGAGACAGACAACAGAAAAACGUGUGCGCCACUGUGUGUGUGUGUGGAGAAGCCAAAUGAUGUCGUUUUGUGUGUGUGAUGUGUCGUACAUUUGAAAGAAUGCUCCCCAAAAAUUUUCCUAAUACACACUUUUUAUCUAAAAAACAAACAAACACAUGACACCCAAAAGAACAUGAUUGUUGUUAAAGCAAACCUCCCCCCGCAAACCCGAUGGAGUAAGUAAACAAAAACUCGUUGUAAUAUUGUAAGAAUGUGGCAAACAAGCCAUACCUGUGUGUGUGUGUAUGGUAAACUCAUGGUGAACCAUAUGUUUGUCCCCUCGUGGAAAGAAAAUAAGAGAGAAGCAGCGCAGCUGUGAAGCACGUGUUGUGUUAGUUCACUUUAUUCGUGGUUCUUGCGGCCAUUUUUGGUUUCGUGCCCGAGAGCACGCGAAACAGAGUGUCCUCUCCCUUCCGGUUGCACGCGAUUGUUGCGUGGCCACCGGAAACAUUGUAUGUAGAGGCGUGUGGCGUGCGCGCUCGCGUAAAGAGCACACGCACGCAGGGGAUCAAAGACACAGAGAGCGCGAGAGAGAGAGCGAGGAUAAGGUAGUAGUUAAUACAAAUUCUGUCGUCUUACAUCAUUACAUUGCUAAAGCAAGCGGACGCCGCAAAUCUCCAGCAAGGAGCAGCCAAACGACGAUCGUGGAGAAGCCCUGUUUAAAAGCGGCCAACGAUCCUCGGGUGAUCCUUGUUGGGUGCGUCGACAAAGACCAUCUGUCGACACAAACAACAAAGAAAAAAACAAAGCGCAGCAAAGCAAAGAGAGCAUCGUAUGGAAAUUAUUACUCUUGUACAACAACCAACAGCAACAAAACCAAGUCAAAUCGUCGUCGUCGUCGUCGUCAUUAAUCAAACAUUGUGGAGAGCGAAGAGCAACCAACUUGUAUAACAAACUGUGAACCAAACGCAGAAGGAAAUCAUGUCAGUAAAGAAGCUUUUCUUACGAGGUGACGUGAGGUGUGGGAUUCAGCCGCAAACACAGGACACACACUACUCACACGCAAAAAAAAGAGGUAAACCGUAAACCUUGCAUUACUUGUUUAAAGUCAAACACAACAAUAGCAAAGAAGCGAAGGGGGUUGAAGAGAAUUUUAUUAACUAACCGUCGCCCGCCCCGCCACGGGUCAAGAGAAGAGGAGCCACACAGGAGGAGAGCUAAGGAGCUGAUGAUGGUGUGGUGGGAUAAACACGCGCCACAGCGCGCGCCAGUUAAUGUGUAAACCGGAACCGGAAAACAGAAACAACCAGAUACCAGAACAGAACAGAAAGCAAACACGCUACUUUCUCUCGCUAACAAAAAAACCCGCAACCAUACUACAAGUUUACUAUGUUUUCGCUCUAUUCGAGAAAUAAAACAAUGACAUUAAAGAUCACACCUAACCCCCCCUUUCUAGUGUCGUCCUGUCUUUUGGAAAGAAUGGUCAGGAAGCUCGCGGACCGACCGGUUUCGAAUCGGUGACUCGCUUUGUUGCAGAGUUGCAUUUGACCGAAUCUUAGGGUUUUGGAAAUGCAAGUCACCAAUGGUGUAGAAGAAGUUUGACGAACGGUCGAGAUCGAGGUUUGAGGUCCAUUUGUGUUACUGUUGUAAGGGAAAGUGUGUUAUUCUUAGCUUACAAUGCUGUGGAUGUGGUGUGAUACUCAUGCCCCUUCGAGAAAGUAUAGGAAAUUAAAACAAUGUUUGUUUCAAGUGUAAUAAAUAAAUUAUGCGAAAUGUUUUAA